CUAUUACGAUCAUCCUAACCGCAAAUUGUCAAAGGUUUUUUUUUCUUCUCCCUUACAUCUAGUGACCCCAUUUGCUAGAAUUAUUCGCCCGGUGUUAAAAUUCAUUUUUCUUGCUAGAAUGUUCUUGAUUAAGACUGUCAGUUCGUAAAAAAAAGAAGAAGAGUAUCAAAACAAUUGCUUGAAAGAGGUUACUUCAUUUUGUUUACAUUCCGGAAUAAGAUGUAAAUAAGCCGCUUACAAAUUAGUUAACUGAAUCAUGAGCGAAAUUCAAACUUGCAUCGUAGCGGGUUGUACCAAUACAAGCGAAAGCUCAGAUAAAAUAUUUAUCCCUCUUCCUCCUUUGGAGUGUAAGAGUUUGUGUGAUUUAACUGGCGUUACUGAUAUAGAAAACGCCGGGUUGUAUUAUUGCGAAGACCAUUAUAACCUACUGUACAGUUGCGAAACCUUCACGGAUACAAGUUUGCCUCAGGAUAUAUUCGACACUCAGAUGGAUGUGAAACCUCCGGAAACACUUGAAUCUUUGUUGGAGCCCGAACAGCCAGAAAAUUGCAGUAACAACAAGCCAGAAGUUAUUGAUGAUCCAAUUCAAGAGACUAUUGCCGCUGUUGCUUCAAACAAUCCCCAAAUCGAAGAGUUAUUUAGUACCCCAGAGGAUGAAGAAAUAAUUAUAAUUCAGAUGGAGGAGACAGAUAUAAAUCCUGAUGGCACAGGAGUUCCUACAUUUAAGCUAGAAGUUCCGCUUCCAAAUAGGGGUUGCGCAUUUGCAACUACCGAGGCAAGUACAAUAUUCCAGCAGCUGGAGCAAAACAAAGUCCUUCGCUACGAGUGCAGCCAGUGCAAUUUUAAGUCGCUCAGACCUACCGUGAUCCAUCAGCACAUGAUGGUCCACGUGGAAGAAGACAAGGCCAAGUUACAAAGUACCAGCAAAGUGCGCGAAUAUAAGAACGCCUUCAAGUGCAAAUUGUGCGAUUUCAGCGUAGCGGAAAAAAGGGAGCUGGAAAGCCACGAGAAGCAGGUGCAUUAUCUAAAUAGGCGACUCAUGCGUUGCGAUUUUUGUAGUUUUACCACUAUGUCCGAAUCGCAAUAUGACAAUCACAUUUGUCAUGACAAUAUCUUUGGCAAUUCAGGAUAA